CUUCCUUACCGGUAUUUUAGUAUUAACACGCGAAGUUGAACAGUCUUUGGUGUACUUACUAGCUAUUUAUUUAUUGUGGAACGUGUUUACAUUUACUUUAAAUAUGCUUGGCCUGUGCCUUUAUGUGCCUGUUCCGAAUUCGGAUGCGGCUGAAUUUGAGUAUUUUGAGUCCAAUGGACUACCAUCGGAUUUGAAAUCGCUCUUCAAAUUGAGUGUGUUUCUACCUUCACAAGAGUUUUCUACUUAUCGGAAAUGGAGAAAGAAAGCAGUGAAAAGUGCAGAUAAGGACCUGGAUGAGCAGAUGGUCUUCGAGGAGUUUGUGAACUAUUUGCAAGGUCAUGAAAAAGACCUGAGACUUGUCUUCAAGAGCCUGGACAGAAGGAGAGCUGGUCAAAUAUAUUCUCAGGAAAUCAUGGAGUCACUCCAGGACCUUGGUGUUCACAUAUCACAGCAGCAUGCCGAGAAGAUCCUACAAUGCAUGGAUAAGAAUGGCACAAUGACCAUCGACUGGAAUGAGUGGAGCAACUACCCUCUGCUACACCCCAAAGAGAACAACAUCCCUGAGAUCACCCUCUACUGGAAACACUCCACGGUGAGAAGGCUCUUUGAUGUAGGUGAGAAUCUGAUGGUGCUUGAUGACUUCACAACAGAGGAAAAACUGACAGGAAUGUGGUGGAGGCAUCUGGUUGCAGGCGGAGGUGCAGGAGCAGUGUCCCGAACAUUCACCGCCCCCUUAGACCGACUCAAAGUACUCAUGCAGGUUCAUGGUUCCAGUAGCAACAACAUGUGCAUCAUGAGUGGGCUCACCCAGAUGAUCAAAGAAGGUGGGAUGAGGUCGCUGUGGAGAGGGAACGGAAUGAACAUCGUCAAAAUUGCACCUGAAACUGCCAUUAAGUUCAUGGCUUAUGAGCAGAUCAAGCGUUUGAUUGGCAGUGAUAAGGAGACACUUGGCAUCCUGGAGCGUUUUGUAGCUGGCUCUAUGGCUGGAGUCAUCGCUCAGAGCACCAUCUACCCCAUGGAGGUUCUGAAAACACGGCUUGCCUUGCGAAAGACUGGUCAGUACUCUGGCAUCUCUGACUGUGCAAAGAACAUCUUUAGGAGAGAGGGACUGGGUGCCUUUUACAAGGGCUUUAUCCCCAACAUGAUGGGCAUCAUCCCCUACGCUGGAAUCGACCUGGCUGUGUAUGAGACAUUGAAGAACUCCUGGUUAGAAAAGUAUGGCACCAAAAGUACUGACCCGGGAGUGUUAGUUCUGCUUGGCUGUGGCACAAUCUCCAGCACCUGUGGUCAGCUGGCCAGCUACCCCCUAGCCCUGGUCAGGACCCGCAUGCAGGCACAAGCCAUGAUGGAGGGCAGCCCACAGAUGACAAUGUCAGGGCUCUUCAAACAAAUCAUUCAGACAGAAGGGGUCACUGGCCUCUACAGGGGCCUGGCCCCUAACUUCCUGAAGGUCAUUCCAGCUGUCAGCAUCAGCUAUGUGGUGUACGAGAACUUAAAGAUGUCGCUGGGAGUUAAGUCGCGAUGAGAAGGUGACUCACGACAUCUGAAUGGUUCAGCUUUGACGUGUGUGUGUGCGUGUGUGAGUGAGAUCCCUCCAGGUUGAGGCUAAGGAGUCUCUGACACUUGAGGUUUGUGGAGCCAUCUCAUUCUAUGAAUGCCAGAAGAUGGAGUAGAACAAGGGACAAUAGAAUGAAAAGGCAAGGUAUCAACUCUGUGAGCUGAAAUGGAGUGGGGCGGCGUCCCUCAAUAUUGCUAUUUCUACUAUUAUUUAAUAGUUUAUUUUAGAAGAUCAAUUGUUGAGUUAUUACCAGAAUUUGACAAUGAAUAUUGGUUAGCAACGCUAUAAUUGGGGACCAAUUCUUGCUGUUUCCAGUUUGUGGUUUCGUGCCUCUGUAAGAAUGUUCCUGUCUCUCUUUGUUUCACUCAGUAAAUGAGGCUAUGCAACAGUGCAAACUGCACCAGACAUUGAGUAGAAACUACUUCAGUAAUGCACAACAAAUGUUUUUGACUAACAUGAUGUAUUCAGACAUUUUCCUUAGCAUUAAUGGGUUUUCUGAGUAGUUUUGGUUAUCCCCCCCACAUUUGCCUGAUAUGAAAAUGAUAUUUGUUCAUGUUCCUAGAAUAUAAGAAAUUGGGGGAAAAGCAUGUGGUGAUUAUUUCCCCUUCUCACUUGGUGCAGAUAGACAAUUUAUUCACACUGCCAUUUAUUUUGGUUUUUUAUUGUCUGGGUAUGACAGUUAAGAAUGGCAUGUUUUUUGUUGUUGUUCAGAACACAGCACUAACAGGCUUUAUGUUCAUAGGUUUGAUUGUUAUGCAUAACUAGAGAGAGCCAUAUUAUGUACAAGUAUUGUGGGUAUGUUUGCAAAAUAAGAUCUCAUUGGCUUCUUAUGCAAUGUUAAAGAGCAUGUAUUUGUAAACGUUUUCAAUGCAACCCAUGCAAUAAAUUAUUGCUUGAGUCCAUCCUGCAUAUUUUCACUUAAUAUAUAACUGUAAUAGUUUGUCCAUUUACAUUUAGUUGGUUAUUAUGGAAAUGCACAAUAAUUACUUCUGUGUUGAGUGCAAAUCUCUGUAUAUGAGCUCAAGUCAAGAUCAGGAGAGUCUUGGUUGUCAGGACACGUAAUCAUUGUCUUUAUACCUAAAACCAAACAUGAUUUUAGAGCUUUGAGAAGAUCGAUGAGUAAUACUAAUGCACUUUAAUUCAUGUUGGAGACACUUUUGAGUGUUUUGCAUUAACUUUAGAUUGAAACUGGGAAUUCACUUCAACUGAUGUAAAUAAUCAUUUUAUUAUUAAACUUUUUUUUUAUGAGCCAUUUUGUACAAUGUUCUUUGAGCAAAUAAAUGAAAAGUAUUGUAUAAUA